AUGGGCAAAAUCGAGGACCUGAGGCGGAAGGUCGCCGAAGCGGAGGCUGAGCUUCGAAACUUGAAAGAAGAGCUGGCACAAGCGGAGAAGGAAGUUCGUGACGAGCAGCACCCGCAACCCUGGAAAUGGCCCCUCUUGGCGGAGGAGUAUGAGAGAUACGGGCGGCAGCUGAUCAUCCCAGCUGUGGGGGUGAAAGGCCAGUUGAGGCUGAAAAAGUCCAAGGUUCUCCUCAUCGGAGCCGGUGGACUGGGAUGCCCCGCAGCAGCUUACAUCGCCGGAGCAGGGGCCGGGACUGUCGGUCUCGUUGACGGGGAUGUUGUCGAGGUCUCCAACCUCCACCGACAGGUGGCGCACUCAAUGGAGCGGGUGGGCAUGUACAAGGUCGACAGUGCCAUUGCAUAUUUGAAAGGAUUGAACCCAACGGUCACCUAUCAAGCGCACAAAACACAUCUCACGCCUCAGAAUGCCGAAGAAAUCGUCUCUCAGUACGACAUCGUCCUCGAUUGCACCGACCACCCGACCUCCCGCUACCUCAUCUCUGACAUCUGCGUUCUCCUCCAAAAGCCCCUCGUCUCAGCCUCAGCGUUCCGCACCGACGGUCAGCUCAUUAUCCUCAACUCCCCGGCAGCACCUCAGGGAAGCUUGGAGGGCGGGCCAUGUUACCGAUGUGUUUUCCCAAAGCCACCGCCGCCCGACAGCGUGGUCAGCUGCGGCGAGGGCGGGAUCUUGGGCCCCGUAGUGGGUGUGAUGGGUGUACUACAAGCCCUCGAGGCAAUCAAGCUCGUCGCUGCGGGGGCUGUUGACCCCGAGGUCAAGGUCAAGGAAGCAGCCGCGCCCUCUCUGCUGAUCUUCUCAGGGGCUGCCCCAUCUGGACCGUUCAGGUCUGUUCGUAUGCGCGGGAGGAGGAAGGACUGCUUCGCUUGCUCGGCGCAGUCGACAUUGUCGUUGGAGACGCUGCGAUCCGGAUCUUUGGAUUAUGUGUCCUUCUGUGGUGUCACUGCUCCUGUCAGUAUCUUGGGACCCGAAGAGCGGAUCACCGCUACCGAGUAUGAGCGUCUUUCCAAGGGAGGCUCUGCAAAGCAUCUCCUCCUAGACGUCAGGGAGAAGGAAAACUUUGAUAUCUGCAGCAUUGACGGCGCGAUGAGCAUACCGAUCUCAACCUUCAUGAAGGAUACCCAAGUAACAAAAGACGGAACAUCACCACAGCCCGGGUGGAUACCGACAGACUUGCCCGAAGACGCACCCAUCUACCUGGUCUGCAGAGUAGGCAACGACUCCCAACUGGCGGCAAAGCGCCUCAAGGACUUAGGCCUAAACAGCAACGGGAGAGUCAUUCGUGAUAUCAAGGGCGGCAUGAGGGCAUGGAAAGCCGAGGUUGACCCGACGUUGCCAUUCACAUGA